UUAUGUACUAAGUAGACGGUGUUUAUAAGAAUAAUGUUUCUCAGAUGAGUCUGAAGGUAGAAAAACAGCAAGUACAAGAGACAUGGACCGUAACACCCACACCUGGAUACGUUCUGAAAUUUACCGAGGUAAAUAUGAAGGAGGUUUACGGUGAAUCGGAAGAGCAUCGGUGUUUCCUGAAUAUAUGUCACUGUGAACAGCUACCGCCACCGACUGACGAUAUUGAUGAGGAUGAGUUAGCAGCAAGGAUAGAUAAGGGUGAUAUCGGUUAUCGGAUACCAGUCAGCAUUGGGGAGUUGGACAGCGUUGUUGACAGUAAAGGCAGGAAUCAACCAAAGAUUGACGUUCUGGUAAACAGCGUUUUCUAUGAAAAAAGAUUAUCCCCUGCUGCGGCUAAUUUCUUCCGUCAUUUUUUCUGCAUGGUCAUAUGUGAUGCUAUCGAAGAAAAGCACCACCUGAAAUUGGAUCCCAACAAAUGUAUAAAGCUGAAAAAUCGGACAGUCAUGGGCAGUAUAGAGCCAAUGCGAAUUGCAAAAAGACCUGUAGCUCCUGUCAUACAAGAAAUUGCAUCAUCCGAUGUCUCUGCAGAUGUUCAGCCUUUGAAGUUCGCGGAAAUGAAGCAGCCUGAUGGAGUUCGAAUGCGCUUAUUGAAGGGUACCCGUCUCGAAAUUGAGUUGAGCUUACAAGGAGAUUACGAGACAUCGAGGUUACGGUUGAGAAUGAAUCGCGACCGAAUUGUACUGUUGGAAGGCAACACAAGAAGUUUGUACGAUUUUUGUGUACCUUUCUAUAUGGAUACGAAAAAUAUCCAGCACAAGAUUAGCUCUGAUCAUUCGAAGCUGCUAAUUUCUGUUCCCAUCGUCUACACUUGAUCUUCGACAUAGACUAUCUAUAAUAGAAUAGAAAUACUGUCACGUUUUGUUAUCGUUGCUUUCUCAUUGCACGUGCUGCUAACCAGUGAUUCAGGCUAUUAUUGUACGGGUAGAUAGUCAUGUUGUUCUUGUUUGACUUAACAAUCGUUUUAAAUGAAUACGAAAAUUUCCUUUGCAUGUAACGAAGGAGAAAGACC